AUGGCCAAAGACGAACAAGAGAGACAUGGCAUUCGAAUCCCCGGCCAGGUUCUCGACCAAAUUAGGGAAAAAGAGGGUAUCUCUGGAGAGGAUAGUCGGUUUAAGAAGAAACGGAAGUUUCAACCCAAACCAGUGUCCCGUAAGGAAAAGAGGAAGGAAGAACGUAAACUCAAGAAACAAAAAAGACUGAAACAGCAUAAUUAUCAUGAAACUAUUGCCAAGCCAGGUCCGCUUGCAGAAGCCAAGCAGAAAAUCCAACAGAAGAAGAAAGUGACGAAGGCAUCACACGAAGACCCAUUAUCAGCUUUAAAGGCACUUAAGGCUAAGAAAGGAAAGGCUCCGAAAACGGAGAUAAGAAUCAUUAAGGAGAAUGAGCUUCUGGAUCAGGACGUUGAAGAUUUUUCUGAGGCAGAUGCUUUUAGUGGUUUCGAAGACGAAAUCGAUGAUGACCAGGCGGAGAACGCUCCUAGUGACCCACUAGCUGCGCUAGCUGCUCUCAAGGCAAAGAAGAACAGCACAAAAAAAGAGUCUGACAUUAGAACGGUUUCUGUAGAAGACCUUGAAGAUGAUGAUGUCUCCGACGCCUUUAAUGAUUUUGAUGAAGAUGAAGAAGAAGAUUUCGGUGACGAGGAGCUCGGAGAUGAUGACGACGAGGAUGAAGAUCCAUUAGCGAAAUUAAAGGCACUUAGGGAAGCAAAGAAUGAGAACUCGAAGUCGGAGUCAAAAAGCAAUAAGGAGGAGUCUGGAGAUGACUUCGAAGAUGAUGUCUUCGAGGAGGAAGAUCCAUUCGAAAAAUUAAAGGCGCUGAAAGAGAAGAGAGCUAAAUCAUUGAAGAAGACAAAGACCAAGGAAAUUGAGGCAGAUUUGGUGGACCCCAUGGACAAUGAUAUUGAGUAUUACGCCAAGAAGUUAGGUCUCAAAGAUAAGAAUGCUAAGCUAAGUCAUGAAGAUGACGGGUUAGAUGAUCUUUUAGAUGGAUUGGACUUUGUCGACAAACCAGGAAGUGGCGAAGAGGAUGAUGAUGAAGACGAGUUUGAUCAAUCUGAAUCGGAAAACUUUGAUUCUGAUGACUCUGCUUUUGAUGAGCCCCGCAAGAAGGAGAACCCUUUUGUUGCACCAACUGAAUCAGGCAGCGGCUCCGAUAGUGAGACCGGGGAUAAACCCACCAAGUACAUUCCUCCAGCGCUCCGUAGAAAAAUGGCUCUUGAGAAGCUGCUGACAGUAUCUGCAGAAACACUUGCAUUGCAAAAGUCGUUAAAGUCUGCAAUGAAUAAAUUAUCUGAAACGAAUAUUGGCGCUAUCGCCAAUGAUAUCAAUGGACUAUUUCUUAAUUAUCCCAGACAAGAGGUCACAGAAAACUUGGUCAGCGUACUUUUGGACAGUGUCAUACAGCAAGAACGACUCCUCGACACGUUCGUGUACUUGCAUUCAGCGCUAAUUGUUGCUCUUUAUAGAUCACAGGGAGUCGAUUUCGGUGCCUACUUUGUCCAAACUCUUGUCGAAAAAUAUGAUGCGUUCAGAAGCGAAGAAAAGAAAAAUAAAGAAAUUCUCAACAUGAUAUCGUUGCUCUCAUCGGUUUAUGCAUUCCAUUUGGUAUCAUCAAAGCUUCUUUACGAUCUUAUAAAGGAACUCAUCAGAAAUCUUUCUGAAGAUUCUGCAGAACUUUUACUCAAAAUCAUCAGGACAUCUGGUAAUCAGAUGCGUUCAGAUGAUCCAACCUCGUUGAAGGAAAUUGUUUUAGAGAUUACCAAAAAGUCAAACUCGCUACCAAGGGACCUGAUCACUCCAAGAAUGCAAUUUUUGCUCGAAACUAUUACUUCACUUAAAAACAACAAGCUUAAAAGCAACAGUGAUGCAACAGAGCAACUCGCUCUUCGACUCAAAAAAUUCUUGGGAACCUACUCGUCCACAAGACUCACAGAUCCCUUGCAGGUGUCUCUCGACGAUAUCAGAAAUGUGCAAACCAAAGGUAAGUGGUGGCUUGUAGGAUCUGCCUGGAAGGGCAACGAUGACACAAAACAGGAUGAAGUCGUCAAUAGACAGGUAAUGAGUGAUUUCUUGGAUAGUGCAGAGCCAAAUUGGCUAGAGCUUGCAAAAGCGCAAAGAAUGAACACGGACAUCAGAAGAGCUGUAUUCAUUUCUAUCAUGUCAGCGAACGAUUACGUUGAUGCGAUGCAAAAGCUCGACAAGCUUGCAUUAAAGAAAGCACAAGAGAGAGAAAUUCCCCGUAUUCUCAUCCACUGUGCUGUCGUUGAGCCUGCUUGGAACCCAUAUUACGGUAUUUUAGCAUGCAAAUUGUGUGAUGAUCAUUCAUACAGAAAGACCUUCCAAUUCAUGCUCUGGGAUUUGAUCAAGGGUUUUGAUGGUGCCAUGGACGACGAUGAUGAUACGGAUGUCUUCUCUGGUUUUGAUGAUGAUAUGGAGGACGACGAGAAACUCAAGAAAAUUCUCAACUUGGGUAGGCUCUUUGGCUUUUUGAUGGCUGAGGGAUCGUUGGCAUUGCACCUUUUGCGAACUGUUAACUUUGUUACUGCCUCCAAUGAUACCAAACUUUUCAUGGAGAUUCUCUUGAUCACUUUUGUUGAUAAUGUGGCGAGAAAGUCGCAGGUUAAUGCCAUUGGGAUGGGUAUUGGAAUUCAGAAGGGUCAUAAUAUCAAAUUUGACGAUAGAGUCUUGAUCGAGAGGAUUUUAAAGGCUAAAGAACAGCCUGCUCUUCUUCGAGGAAUCCAGUGGUUUAUUGAUAAGAGAUUGAGACAGAGUGAUUUCAUCUCUGGCAAGAAGCAAAGAAAAAGAGUCAACUGGGGAAUCAACGCUAUGAACGAUAUCAUUGAAGAAUUUGCAAGGGAGGCCGACUUCUAA